UCGCCGCGAGCGCGGGGGCCGCGAGACACCAACAUGGCGCCGGGCGGCGGGAGGCGGCGCGGCGGCCCCGGCGGGGCCCGGGGAGGCGGCGGCAUCGCGGGGGUCCCGGCGGCUCCUCCCCCGUUCCUGCCGCCCCUGCUGCUGCUGCUGGCGCUGCCCCGCGGGGCGGUCGCGGCGGGGGACACGGUGAUCCUGGGGAUGCGGCUGGAGGAGAGCACGAAACCGGCGCCGGGGGCUCCGGCCCGCGGGCCCAUCCGUGUGACCGAGGGGAGCGAGGUGCUGCUGCGCCUCUACGGGCUGGGCCUGGGGCCGCACACCGGGCAACACGUCGCCUUCGCCGAGCUCCGGCCCGCCGCCAACGCUUCGGUUCCCAACGGCACCUGCCCCGAGCGCUCCCAGGACCUGCUGGUGCAAACGGGCCUGGCCGAGGCCCGCGACACCUCGGCCCUGCUGCGGGUCCACGUCCAGCCCCUGCGCAAGGACGAGCGCGCCAAGACCUACGUGCUGUGCUCCCAGCGCCGGCCCGGCCAGCCCUGGUUGCCCCACGAAGGCGCCGACGGGACGCUGGUGGUGUUGGAGGAGAAGAAGUCGCUGCUGCCCCUUUGGCUGCAGGUGAUUCUCAUCGUCGGGUUGCUGGCGCUGUCGGGGAUAUUCAGCGGGCUCAACCUGGGCCUCAUGGCGCUGGAUCCCAUGGAGCUGCGCAUCGUGCAGAACUGCGGCACCGACAAGGAGAAGCGCUACGCCCGCAAGAUCGAGCCCAUCCGCCGCAAGGGGAAUUAUCUGCUGUGUUCGCUGCUGCUGGGCAACGUGCUGGUCAACACCACCCUCACCAUUUUCCUCGACGACCUCAUUGGCUCUGGGAUCGGCGCCGUUGUGGCUUCGACCAUCGGCAUCGUGAUCUUUGGGGAGAUCGUGCCCCAGGCGCUCUGCUCCCGCCAUGGCCUGGCCGUGGGGGCCAACACCAUUGUGAUCACCAAAUUUUUUAUGAUGGUGACGUUCCCCCUCUCUUACCCCAUCAGCAAACUCCUCGACUGCAUCCUGGGCCAGGAGAUCGGCACUGUCUACAACCGGGAGAAGCUGGUGGAGAUGCUGAAGGUGACGGAACCCUACAACGACCUGGUGAGGGAAGAGCUCAACAUGAUCCAGGGAGCCCUGGAGCUCCGCACCAAGACGGUGGAGGACGUGAUGACGCCGCUGGAGAACUGCUUCAUGAUAAAGAGCGACGCCAUCCUGGACUUCAACACCAUGUCGGAGAUCAUGGAGAGUGGCUACACCCGCAUCCCCGUCUACGAGGAGGACCGCUCCAACAUCAUGGACAUCCUCUACGUCAAGGACCUGGCUUUUGUCGACCCCGACGACUGCACCCCCCUCAAAACCAUCACCAAGUUCUACAACCACCCCGUCCACGUUGUUUUCCAUGACACUAAGCUAGACGCCAUGCUGGAGGAGUUCAAAAAGGGGAAGUCCCAUCUGGCCAUUGUGCAGAAGGUGAACAACGAGGGGGAGGGUGAUCCCUUCUACGAGGUGCUGGGGCUGGUGACGCUGGAGGACGUCAUCGAGGAGAUCAUCAAGUCGGAGAUCCUGGACGAAUCGGAUAAAUUCAUCGACAACAGCAACCAGAACCGGGUGGGCAACCAGAAGAAGAAACGGGACUUCUCGGCCUUCAAGGACCCCGUCAUUGAGAAGAAGGUCAAGAUCUCCCCACAGCUGCUGCUGGCCGCUCACCGCUUCCUCUCCACGGAGGUGACGCUCUUCACCCCAAACUUCAUCUCGGAGAAGAUCCUGUUGCGGCUCCUCAAAUAUUCUGACGUCAUCCAGGAGCUGAAGUUCGACGAGGAGAACAAAAAAUCCCCGCGACACUUCCUCUACUGCAAGAACAAAGCGGCCGACUACUUCAUUCUCAUCCUGCAGGGCAAGGUGGAGGUGGAGGCCGGCAAGGAAUGUAUGAAGUUUGAAGCAGGAGCGUUCUCCUACUAUGGGGUGAUGGCGCUCGGCCCCAAUCCUGUGUCAGAGACCCGCUCCCCAUCCCACGUCAGCAGCCUGAACCGCUCGGCCUCCCUCAGCUACCACGAACGCUCCGAUUCCGUCUCGUCCCCCGCCAGCGGCAGCAACAACCAGCUCAACGCUGGGACCGGUGCCCAGUAUGUGGCCGAUUUCAGCGUCCGUGCCCUCACCGACCUCCAGUUCGUCAAGAUCACGCGGCAUGAAUACCAGAACGGCCUGAUGGCCUCUCGCAUGGACAGUUGUCCCCAAUCCCCCGACAGCAACGCCCCCAAACCAGACACCCCCGGUUUACCGGAGAAACCGGAACCUUCCGCCACCGCCGACGAGACCACCAGCCUCCUGAACGAGAGGAACUGCCUGGGCCGCCGGAGCAACCACAGCCCCCUGGAAAACUCCAUCUGACCCCGGCCCCGCCGGCGCACGCCGGGACUGGACAUCACCUGCCCCCUUGAUUAUUUUGGGACCCUUGUCCCCCGGUAAGGAACCGCCUCGGCGUCUCCUCGGUGUCACCGGAGAAGCCCCCGGUUGAACCGGAGGGAGGUGUGAUAGGAAAAACAGAGCCGGGAUUUGCUGCUGCUUUUUUUUUUUUUCCUCCAGACUUGGCUUAUUAUUGUUUUUUAAUUAAUUUAAACGGAUGACCGGUGGAGACGGCGCAAUUUCUCUGCCGGCCGUCCCCGCCGCCGGCGCCCAUUCAGCUCAGGGAGCUUCAGGCCUCGGACGCCGCUUCGAGAGCGGGGUGGCUGCGCCGUGGCCCCCCCUGGGACGGGCAUUCCGGCCCCCUCAACGGUGUUUUUGGGGUGUGACGGUGACGUCUCGUCCUUCUGGUGCGUGGGGGUGAUGCCGUGGCCCCUCCCCGUGCCCGCUCCCCUUUCCCGCUGGCCCGGGGCACCGGGGGACGUGGCAGGUCUGAGGCCACGGGGAUGGGCUUGGUGGCUCCGCGGUGGCUCCGGUGCAAAACGGUGGCUGAGAGGACACCCCCUGUUAUCUUGGGGGGUCCCUAAUCCGUCACCGUCGGUGUCACGGAGGACGGCAGGGAUGGCUCCCCCCCACCCCAACGGUUCCGGUGCCUUCCCCCCCAGCACCGGUUGGGGCGUCUCAGGGUACCGGGAGAGCGGGAUUGGUGACAGGGGGGGCGCAGGAUCCGGCUUUUUGGGGUGACACAAAGCUAGUGACCAAAGUUGUACAGGCAGGAGGGGGCCAGUGCCAUGUGUGUGUCCCCCAGCAUAGGGGGACCCCAAAAUCCCCCAGUGACCCCCUUGGGACAGGGCGUGGGACCCCCGGUGAGCACCAGAUGGAUCCCCCUGGUCCCCAGAGCUUCAUAGGAGGGGGUGGGAGAGACCCCCCCACCUCAAAAAAAAAAGCACAAGUUCCCUGGGUGAACUCUGUAAGUUAUUGGGAGAAGGUUAAUUAUUUUUAUUAAUCAUGUGUCGACGAUCAGGUCCUGGAUCCUUCCGCGGGGAGAUACUAGAGAUAAUAAUAAUAAUAAUAAUGAAUUAUAAUAAUAAACCGAGACAAAAAAAAUCCCUUUUUUUAUUAAAUCUUCCUCUAUGCAACCCCCACCCUGGGAAUUCCUAUUUAUUUUUAGCAUCAGGUUUGAUUUGUAUAUUUGGGGGAUGCCGGGCUCGGGAGGGGGUGAGGGAGCCGGGUCUCCCCCCGGUUAUGACCCCCAACCCCCCCCUCCUCCUGCCGCCCCCCCUCGGUUGUGAAACCGACUGUGGAAUUUUAUUCGUUGGGUUUUAGGGGUUUUUUGCCAGUUGGGUAAUAAAAAUUCUAUAUCUGUA